CUAAAUCUCGUCUCUCGUCAUGGCGGACGACUGGUUCGCGCGGGACAAGGCGCAGCACCUGCUGGUGUGCAUGGCGAUCGUCCUCGCGCUCGGCUCCGCGCUCGCAUUCAGCUCCAGGUUUAGGGCGUGGCGGAUCCGGAUCGCGUGCGUGGCGUCGCUGGCGGCGGGCGCAGCGAAGGAGGCGCUGGACGAGCUCCACGUCUGGAAUUCAUCGGGGGCGUCGGCCAAGGACGCCGUGGCAGACAUUGUGGGCGCUCUUGUCGGCGCCGCGGCGCUGUGGGCGUGGCCGAGGAUUUGGGAGGCCUUGUCUAGAUCCAAAACAAAAGAAGAACAAGCCACCGGAGAUCACGCGGUGUGA